AUGGGAGUUUCACGAACUUGGUACAUAAUCCUCGUGGUGAUCGCCGCGUGCACCUGCGGUGCACGUACAGAAUGUGGCGAAACAGCUCAAAUUUCAUUUCUAACAAGCGUGCACGAUGAUCCAUCGUGUACAAUGCUAUCACCGAAGGGCGUUACGCUUUAUGAGGCCGCCAAGCUUCUCGCAGAGAUUCACAACAACAAAACCGACGGAUUCGAAAUCGAAAUUAUCAUUGUGGAUACAUGCGGAAGUAUAACAGGUGCUCUGAAAGCGAUGAUGAAGGCUUUAGUAUGGGCAGAUGUCAACUGUUUGCAUCCACCUUAUUAUCUAGGAAUUAUCGGACCAGAUACCACGACCAACAUCGAGGCCAUAUAUAAAGUGACGUCGAUAUUGAAAGUGCCGCAUAUUAUCAAGAAACCGUCAAUUUCUCCCUAUUUGCACCCUUUAACAGAGGAAUCGAACUCCUAUUUAGUGGAGGGAAUCUUGAAAAUGAUAGAAAUUUUUAAGUGGAAAUCCUUCACAUUAGUAACUAAAGUUGAUGAUGAAAACGACGAUGACGUACAAAGUAUUACAAAGAAACUGACAGUAAAUGCCAUAGCGAACAAUUUGUGUGUUAUAAUCCAUGAUAACGAUAAAGAAGAUUAUACGUCACAUAUUGUACAUAUUGGAAAACCCGAAGAUAAUUUUUUUAAUGAACUUAAAAAUGCAACCAUACUAAUAAUCAGCGAGGGAAAUUUAAAAGAUUACUUGAAUCAUAUAGAUUCAACUAACACUAUAUUGCUUUUAGAAGAUUCUAGGAAUGUAAUGAACGGUCUUGAGUGGAGAGUUGAGAAUUCGCAAUGGUGGGCACCCGAUAAUGGUUUGGGAAGAUAUGAUGCCAAGGAAUUGAAACGAGUCAGAUGGUUAGAAAAUGCUAUAAAAAUUUACGUGAAAGCUUUAAAUGCAUUAUGCAAAAACAAAAAAUGCAACAAUCAAAUAAAUGCUUUAGAAUGGAAUCACAUGGUGUCAAAUAUGUUAAUGACACAUAACAAGGAAUCAGAAGCAGCACCAAAGUUUCUUAAUCUGUUUAUGAAAAAGAAAACAAGUAAUUUAGAACGUUUGGGUGAUAUAGUUGUUCACCGGAAUAAAACAAAAGUUUAUUGGGAUAAGAAUAAAAUGAAUGAAAAAGAAGUGAACGUUACGGAGAAAACUGAGAAAAAUUACGGAGCGCCAAGAAGCAACAACAAUAUGUCGUAUAUAUUUAAAGAACUUUUAAAAGAAGAAAAUGAACCGCAAUCAAGAUGUGCUACAGCUGUCAAAGAGAUUAAAAUAAAGGAAAAGAAUAAUAAGGCGACACAAGUUUUAGUUUCGGGAAUGAGCGAUAACGAGUGGUGGACAAUGGUAUGUACGGUAAGCGGCGUAGGAAUCGCGAUGUUUCUGGUGGGAAUUCUCGCUGUUUAUGUUAUCUAUACGAACGUGCAGAGGCCAAAGUGUGCCAAGAAUAAAAAUCACUUGGAUAGAGAAACCAGCUUAAGGAGAAUGAGCAAUGAUAGAGAAUUACCGACAACCAUAACCAUCCGUAACCAACGAGUGGUGCAUAGUCCACAUAGAAGAGGCAGCGACAGGAGCACUAUAUCUGAAAAAAGCGUUUAACGCGAAUGCGAGUCGCAUUAAUAAUAAAUAAAGCGAGCAUUUCCAGCGGAACAGAAAAAAAAUUUACUUUAAAAGCGUACACAAAAUUCAUUAUCUUAUUUUAUUGUGAGCAUGUUUUCUAGUGACAUU